UAUCUACAUCUCAGACGUUUACCUUUGUUCUUCAAAAAGUGGUGUCCAUUGCUUGAAGAGUUUGGCAAUGAUUCAUCUUUGUGUACUUGUCCUGCUCUCAGCUUUAGGUGGCACUUCAGAGAUUGACAUUCCAUGUCUUAAUGGACUGAAGUCCAUUCCUAACGGGGGAAAUAUUCAUUUGACCUGCUUUUUUUCAUCGGCUGAUGCAUCCGCGACUACAUGGUUCAAACAGGUUCCAGGAGAAAAGCCUCUUCUCAUUGCUUCUGCUUUUCAUUCUGGAAAAGUCACAUAUCAUGACAACACUAACAAAAGAGGCCACUUUAAUGCAUUGAGAGAUAGAAGCAGUUUUAAUCUGAGUAUCUCAAAUGCAGAACCAUCUGAUUCAGCUACAUAUUACUGUGCUGUUGCAUAUUAUGCGAGUGUGGCCUUAUUAGACUGCACAGUUUUAGUCCUCAAAGGUUCAUCAAGUCUCUCUGCUGUUCUCCAGCCUCCUGUAUCAGAUCCUGUUGAACUGGGAGGAGAUACAACUUUGCAGUGUUCAAUACUCACAGAUGUGUCUGCAGGAGAUCACAGUGUGUACUGGUUCAGACAUGGAUCAGGAGAAUCCCAUCCAGGAAUCAUUUACACUCAUGGAAACAGGAGUGAUGAGUGUAAGAAAAGCUCUGAGACUGAUUCUCCUACACAGAGCUGCGUCUACAAACUCCCCAAGAGAAACCUCAGCCUCUCUGAUGCUGGAACUUACUACUGUGCUGUGCUCAUGUGUGGAGAGAUCAUCUUUGGGAGUGGAACUAAACUGGACUUUGAAGGAAACAGCGUUGUGGUCCCAGUCGUUCUUGGUUUUGCAGCAUUUAACAUCAUCUCCAUGAUUGUGGUUUUAUUUCUGUGUAGAAAAUUCCACAUCAGACAUCAUAAAGGAGCUGCUGAAGGUAACACAAUCCAAGUGAAUCAGGGUGAAUGUGAUGAAACUUUGAACUACGCAGCACUGAGUUUCACUAAUAAACCACCGUCAUCCAGAAGAACUAGAAGACAACAGAAGCCUAAAGACACUGAAGUUUACUCUCAGAUCAAAUUUCCACAAUAAAACGGAAUAACUGAACAGUUAAUAAUCCUCUCACCUUUUACUGCGGAUUACUCAUAAAAUAUCAACUCAUGAUAUUUGGUUCCUUGUUUUGAUGCAGCGUGAUCCAGUCUCAGUUUAGUUUCUAGCCAAAGACAGUCAGAGCACAAUGCAAAAUGUUUUGCUUACG